UAAUGCUUGAUUCAAACUUGAGCAAAAUAAUAAGUAUCAUAAUUCCUAUUUAUAAUAUUACCCAAGUUAAGUGCUCAACCAAACUUGAUGCAAUCAUUACAAAGUGUAACGUGAAUGCUAUCGGGACUGAAAUCAAUAAAUUUGCUGCACUCUUGAUCUGUCCAAUUUAGAUUUUAUUGGAAAAUGAAGUAAAAUGUGCUAGAAAACUCUAUUAUUAUCACCAAUUGAUAUGGUUUACUGACUUAGGCUGGUAUGGUAUCCAUCUUUAAAGUUUUCAUGUGGCAAGAAGAAUGAAAUUAAGACCUCUCUGAUAAAAUGGCGUUGUCUGAAGAUGGAUCGCAUGAUGGGAUCAUGUCAGAGCGCACCCUCAACAUUGCUGGCAAGAUUUAUGCUGAGCUGCAGACUAUGAUACGUGUUCAUGGGGAUGAGGUGAUAGCAGAAUUGAUGCCCCUAAUAGUCAGCGUGUUGGAGGAGCUUGAUAUUGCCUUCCUGGAGUGCGAUGAGGCUGUCCUAGCAAUAGAAGAGCUCCGUGAUGAACUCUCCCAGACAAAACAAGAGAUGAAACGACAGAGACAACUAAGAGAACUAAUUGAAGAGGAGAAAACUUGUUCUGAAGAAACCCUGGAAACCCAAAAGAAAAGAUUGUCAGAUCAACACGAGCAACUGCAUUCUCUAAACAAGUCUAUGACCCUGAAUCUCUCCUCAAAAAAAGAAUACAUUCAGAGUUUGGAAGGCAGAAUGGUGGUGUUGGAGAAGGAUCACAGAGACCUGGAGCGGCGACAUAUCGACACAGUUCAACAGCUGGUAAAAACAAAGAAGACAGUUCGAGAACAAUCCCUGGUUAUCGAACAGAACAACUCCAAAGCAGAGGAGAGAACUCCCAUCCUCAAACCCCCUUCAGAUAGAGUAUUUACAAGUACACCUGUUAAAAUGCAGAACUUCACCUCAGAUGAGAUUCUCGACGUAUCCAACAAGUUCCAGGAGGAGGAGGAUAUCAGCGGAGUAGCGGAGGUUGAGGAGGAGUUCAGCUUGGAGCGAGCUCCUACACGCAGUAUGAUGAGGUGUGAGAGUGAGGAGGAGCUGGAUGAUGAACUGGACGGUUUACAGAACGUCCUGUCCCAGCCUGCUAAUACUCAGAACUUGUUUGAUGAACUUAAUGGAAUUCCUGUCGGAGUAUCGAGUCCUGCAAAGCACCAAGCUCUCAUCCAAGAAGCUACAGACUUUCUCUCCGAGCCUUCUUCGAGGCGUAGCUCAGUUUUUAGUGCAGGUGAUAAUGAGAUGCAAUCACUGUUAAAAGAAAAGCAGGACUUGGAGUUUUUAAGGGACCUGACUGUUCGAACUGACAAACUGACACAGACUGGUCUGACUGACCUUAACGUCCCUUCUCAACCUAGUGUUGCUGAAGGUGGGGUCACUUCACAGCCUCGUGUUGCUGAAGCUGGGGUUCAGUGUUGUUGUGUCCAAACAAAGACAAACUCUCAACUCACAGCCAUAUCUGACAUUAAACAAGGUUUAAAUCAUUCUGUGUUUGCGGGAUCUGGCUCUGAAAAUACAGACAAUAACCAGGGUCAAGUAAAAGAACAAUUAUUAGAGACGCUGAAUGAGCUAGAAGGAAUCCUCAGAUUAGCACUGGAAAGACAGGACGAGAUACCAAAUAAACCGGACAUUGUAGGUCUUGAAAAAUCGAGUAGUCUACCUUUGACGGCACUUGAAGAAACAACGAAACAAAACCGGCGUGAGCCUGAAAAACCUAACAUACCAACUCCAACGAGUGACGAGAACUUUGUCAACGAAGUAUUUUCAUUUCUAGAUGACAGUUCAAGGUCUAACGUGAGCAGAACAGUAACUAAAACUAAUAUUCUGGACUAUUUUGAGAGCCUCCACGAAGAACGUUUCCCUUUCAACCAGAGAAUCGUGUCACCUUCUCCAAGAUCACCUUCAAACUCCCGAAGCUCCUCCUCCUCCCCCUCCUCCUCCUCUACCUGCUCCUCCUACACCACACUCACAGAAAAGGAGAUAUACGAACAGCUGUAUCCUGAGUACGAUGUGACCGUUGAGAUACUUUACAAAACACAGCAAGAUGUCCUGAAUAAGUUGAUGAAAGAUAACAACGAACUACUUACUAAACUACAGCAAAGCGAGAGUACAACUGAGGGCUCCGAUAAGAAGAUCACAGCCCUCGAAUCAGAAAACAAGAACAUAUUCGAGAAACUUAUGGAAAUGGAGAUGAGGAUGAAGCAAAUGAGUACGUUGCAACAUCCUGCUCUUAUCUCCAAACCCUCAGAAGAAGACCAUAACUCUGAAAAGCGAUUUACGAGGUCUGAGAUGGACAAGGUAAUACGAGAGAAGAACCUUUAUAAGGAGAAGUACUUGGAGUUACAAGAGGAUUUGAGCACCAGAUAUGUGGAGGUACAACAAGAAUCAACGACCAAUGAAAAGAGCAAGUUCUGGGCACUGUUCAAUGGACUAUUCGCCAGAAAAAGGACCGCGUCUGAACCUAUGACCGAUGAUAGAAAGGUUGCAGUUGGGCAAAUGAAGAAACUUCCUGACAUGAUAAAAGAAGAUAACAAGAACAAGUUAGCCAGACAGAAAGCUGCAAUGCAAAGCAGACAUUUCAUACAAGGGUGGAGUUUACCGCACGAUGUAGCGUCCCAAAGUCUCCAAGACAUGGACUUUAUACAGAGUAUACCCGCACCUAUUUACUGCGGACCUCUUGGGUCUCUUGACAAUGAAAGAAAGAGUCUGGUGCGGUGUUGUGCGACUGCAAAUGACGACGAUCCUCUUACCACCAGAUAUAUGACAUGGGUUUGCUGUGAAAGAGAGGGGCAGGGAGAGGUCUACAUAGUUGACCCGGCUAAUCCUACUGAGAUUAAGCAGACAUUUGUCGCCACCAAGUCUUCUAUAAUCUGCAUAGCUUACGUCCCUGCCGCGGAACCGCUCCUGGAGCUAGAGAUGGUGAACCUAAAGGAAACGGCAGAGAUGAGCGAUAGUGAUAAUGAGAGUAGCGACAUGGGGAGUGCUAACGAUAACUUCGAGUAUUGCUCCACUAAUCAGUCGGAUCACCUCCUCCUUCACAAACCAACCUUCUGGCUUGGCACUCAAAGCGGAUUCGUGGCAAUACACUCAUCUAUGGAACAAUCUGAAACACUUCUCAGUCGUGUCCGGUUGAAGGACUCCAUCCUCGAAAUAAGACAUAUUGCGCGUCACAACGUGGUAAUGGUCGGAUGCGCGGACAGCAGUGUGGCCAUCUUCAACAAAUACAAGGAUGACGGUCACGGCUGGAACAUGAACAACUACAAGCUCGUCAUGUUAGAUAAAUGGCACUACCUUUUGAACAACGUAUGUUACGGUAAGACGAUGCAACCAUUACCAGUCUCUGUUAUAGCACCUGUCGGGGAGAAUAUCUGGAUCGGAUACGGGGGAAACAUUGCAGUCCUGUCCCUCCCCAACAUCAACAUAAAGGAGAAUCACGUGUUCGCUGAGGGUGAACGUGCACUGGUUACCCACAUGGUACCUCUGGGUACCGGAGUCUGGAUAGCCUGUAGAUUCAGUAGUGUACUUACACUCCUCGACUCCAACACUAUGCAGCCUCUUCAACAGGUUAACAUGGAAGAAGUUCUGAAGCCAGUGUCAGUAUCGUACGGGUUCACUACUCUGAUAAGAGUAUCUGCAGUGCUGUGUUACAACAACCUCUUGUGGAUCGGGACCAGUCAGGGUGCCAUGGUAACAAUACCUCUGAAGUCCCUCUCUCCAGCUUCCUACGUACUGGAACCCCCAGCUGACCAGACCCCGAUGUUUGCAGUACGGGACGAGGCCAGGAUCUCCCUCCACGGUCACCAGGGAGCUGUCCGGUACAUAAUAGUAGCUCGGUACUGCAUGGAAGACAACCUCACCUCACUGCCUCGCAAGAUGUCCAACAGCAGCACUAACAGCGAGGUGUUGUUAAGACGGAGAUCAGCCUGUACUCGUAUAGUGUUGAGCGGGGGUGAGGGUUACAUCUCCUACAGGGACAUGGACGCGGGGACUCUCAGCACCAUCAGAAGGGGCAGGAUCAUCAGAGGGUUCACUGAUCACUGUCACAUGAUAGCUUGGGAUGUCAGUGGGCCUAGGACCAUCGUGUCGUAGUGUUGGCGUGGAGGGACCCUGCAGUGUGACCAGUAGUGACCCUGCAGUGUGACCAGUAGUGACCCUGCAGUGUGACCAGUAGUGACCCUGCAGUGUGACCAGUAGUGACCCUGCAGUGUGACCAGUAGUGACCCUGCAGUGUGACCAGUAGUGACCCUGCAGUGUGACCACUAGUGACCCUGCAGUGUGACCACUAGUGACCCUGCAGUGUGACCAGUAGUGACCCUGCAGUGUGACCAGUAGUGACCCUGCAGUGUGACCAGUAGUGACCCUGCAGUGUGACCAGUAGUGACCCUGCAGUGUGACCAGUAGUGACCCUGCAGUGUGACCAGUAGUGACCCUGCAGUGUGACCAGUAGUGACCCUGCAGUGUGACCAGUAGUGACCCUGCAGUGUGACUAGUAGUGACCCUGCAGUGUCAUGUGACCACUAGUGACCCUGCAGUGUGACUAGUAGUGACCCUGCAGUGUGACCAGUAGUGACCCUGCAGUGUGACCAGUAGUGACCCUGCAGUGUGACCAGUAGUGACCCUGCAGUGUGACCACUAGUGACCCUGCAGUGUGACCACUAGUGACCCUGCAGUGUGACCAGUAGUGACCCUGCAGUGUGACCAGUAGUGACCCUGUAGUGUGACUAGUAGUGACCCUGCAGUGUGACUAGUAGUGGCCCUGCAGUGUGACCAGUAGUGACCCUGCAGUGUGACCAGUAGUGACCCUGCAGUGUGACCAGUAGUGACCCUGCAGUGUGACCAGUAGUGACCCUGCAGUGUGACCAGUAGUGACCCUGCAGUGUGACCAGUAGUGACCCUGCAGUGUGACCACUAGUGACCCUGCAGUGUGACCAGUAGUGACCCUGCAGUGUGACCAGUAGUGACCCUGCAGUGUGACCAGUAGUGACCCUGCAGUGUGACCAGUAGUGACCCUGCAGUGUGACCACUAGUGACCCUGCAGUGUGACCAGUAGUGACCCUGCAGUGUGACCACUAGUGACCCUGCAGUGUGACCACUAGUGACCCUGCAGUGUGACCAGUAGUGACCCUGCAGUGUGACCAGUAGUGACCCUGCAGUGUGACCAGUAGUGACCCUGCAGUGUGACCAGUAGUGACCCUGCAGUGUGACCAGUAGUGACCCUGCAGUGUGACUAGUAGUGACCCUGCAGUGUGACCAGUAGUGACCCUGCAGUGUGACCAGUAGUGACCCUGCAGUGUGACUAGUAGUGACCCUGCAGUGUGACUAGUAGUGACCCUGCAGUGUGACCACUAGUGACCCUGCAGUGUGACUAGUAGUGACCCUGCAGUGUGACCAGUAGUGACCCUGCAGUGUGACCAGUAGUGACCCUGCAGUGUGACCAGUAGUGACCCUGCAGUGUGACCACUAGUGACCCUGCAGUGUGACCAGUAGUGACCCUGCAGUGUGACCAGUAGUGACCCUGUAGUGUGACUAGUAGUGACCCUGCAGUGUGACUAGUAGUGGCCCUGCAGUGUGACCAGUAGUGACCCUGCAGUGUGACCAGUAGUGACCCUGCAGUGUGACCAGUAGUGACCCUGCAGUGUGACCAGUAGUGACCCUGCAGUGUGACCAGUAGUGACCCUGCAGUGUGACCAGUAGUGACCCUGCAGUGUGACCAGUAGUGACCCUGCAGUGUGACCAGUAGUGACCCUGCAGUGUGACCAGUAGUGACCCUGCAGUGUGACCAGUAGUGACCCUGCAGUGUGACCACUAGUGACCCUGCAGUGUGACCAGUAGUGACCCUGCAGUGUGACCACUAGUGACCCUGCAGUGUGACCAGUAGUGACACUGCAGUGUGUCCAGUAGUGACCCUGCAGUGUGACCAGUAGUGACCCUGCAGUGUGACCAGUAGUGACCCUGCAGUGUGACCAGUAGAUAAUAUGAGAUAACUGUGUGUGUCUCUGUAUGGGCAUUUCAGUGUUUCAAUUUGAAGGGAAGGGCAGAUAGUUCAGGAAUGGUUUGUGAAUCAAGGGAGGGAUUUUGUGAUGGAAUGAUUUUUGUUCGUUUGUGUGUAUUCGAACACGACUGUCUCUGAGCAGAAGGCGUUGUUAUUGUUACUACUCUGACGUUUAAACUGCAUGUACAUUAAUAAAAUACAAUUAUCACUGCUUGCAUUUUCACCGAACAAAUCAAUAUUUAGCACAUUAUUUAUUUUCUAUCAGAAUUUAUCGCAGCAGAAUAUAAUUUGGUGAUGUUUUCAAUGUCGAGGGA